UCCUCAAUUCAUGUGUAUGUUGCACAUUCUCAGAGAAGACUUCAUCAAGUUGAAUAUUUAUUUUGAAGAACUUAACUUUGAAGAAUUGGAGGAACAAAUCGAUUAUGAGGUAGGUUGAAAUGUAUGUGGAAAUGUACGUGGCAAUGUAUGCCGAAAUGUAUGUGGAAAUGUAUGUUGAAAUGAAUGUGGAAAUGUAUGCGGAAAUGUAUAUUGAAAUGUUAAUAGUCUUCACAAAUAAAAGUAUUAGAAUAUUGUAAAUAUUUCUUGACUAGAUCGUGACUUCAGCUCUUGUCUUGUAUUUUGAAUUUGAAUUCCUCAUAUAAUAUGUUAUACAUUUCAAAUAUUUUAUGUCUCAUGACUUGUAUGUGGUAUCACUCAUGUGUCUUAUGCAUCUCAUAUAUGUAUGUCUCGUGCCUUGUAUGUUGUACUACUCAUGUAUCUCAAGUAUGUCUCGUGCCUUGUAUGUUGUACUACUCAUGUAUCUCAAGUAUGUCUCGUGCCUUGUAUGUUUUACUACUCAUGUAUCUCAAGUAUGUCUCGUGCCUUCUAUGUUGUACUACUCAUGUAUCUCAAGUAUGUCUCGUGCCUUGUAUGUUGUACUACUCAUGUAUCUCAAGUAUGUCUGCCUCUUAAUUGUUGUUAGGUUUAUAUAAGAGCGACAACGAAGUUUUAAAUAAAAGUUGUCUAAAUAUUGUCGUAUAUAUUUAUCCCAGUUUACUCAGCUGAUGUCUGACGUUGGCGGAACUAUUGGUCUAUGGAUUGGUCUGUCUAUAUUGAGCAUUUUUGAACUGUUCCAUGUCCUGCUGCAGAUAUGUCAUUAUAUCGUAAGAGGAAAUCAAUAG